UAUUGAGUGAUGAGAAGGAUGAAAAACUAAACCACUUCGCACGAGAGAGUGUGACAGUUCCAUUUCUGUGAAGUACUUCUUUUAACAAGGAAAGUGAACCUUAAUUUGUCUACCAAUCGGGACCUGACACUUACCGUUUUAUUUAUUUACAGUCAUUCUUCCAUGAGGACCAGUAAGAGAAUAAUCUACAUCAUGCGGCUUAUUUUAGUAAUGAUCAUAACAACUUUGGUGAGAUCUUCCCAGUCGGUUGAUUACUGCAACGCCUCACUAUGUGCCCCUGGAAUUCCUCAUAUCGCGUGCAACGGGUUAGCAUCAUUAGCACCCAAGUGUGGCCCAAACUCGCAAGAAAUUGUGCUGGAUCAGGAGAAACGCGCUAUCAUCGUAGAUUUACACAAUCAACUUCGAAGUAACGUUGCUACGGGAAAACAGCUCUGUACCAAGAGCGAGUACUACCCAUCAGCUGCAAGGAUGGGCACAAUGGUUUGGAAUGGAGAACUGGCAGACAUUGCAGCAGCCAACGCACGUCAAUGUGUCUAUGGUCAUGACAAGUGUCGAAAUACAGAGACCCUGAAAGCCGUAGGUCAGAAUAUUGCCAUCAAAAGCUACUACGGCAUGACCAUUGCUGAUGUCGAUCUUAUCAAUUUGUUUAUAAACACUUGGUUUUUGGAAUAUCGCUUUGCGAACAAAACUGUAAUCGCUAAGUAUCCUCGUGGUUAUAAUGGACCUGCGAUUGGACACUUCACUCAGAUAGUCUCGGAUCGUGCAACACAAAUAGGAUGCUCCUUUGUAGGAUUUUAUGAUUGGCCAUGGAUUAGAAAGUACUUUGUGUGUAACUAUUCAAUAACCAAUGUCGUCGGUCAAGCCGUUUACCAGACAGGAAGCUCGUGUUCCAACUGUACAUCAGGCUGCAAUUCUAAGUACCCAGGAUUAUGUAACGAAUCUGAAGUUAUUAAAUCAAACCCGUGAAAAUAAAGUAUAUGUGAACAUGCUUUUACAUUUACAGUCUGUUACAUAAGAGCCUGGUCACGAUUACUCGCGUUCGGUAAAGUGGAAUGGUGUGAUUUUUUUAACACAGAGGGCAGUAGUGUCCUUCAUGUAAUGCGAGAAUAAAUAUUCUGACUAUUGUUUACAAUUCGAUCUCAGCAUUUUUUCAAAAUGAGUACCGCGUACGUUUCGCGCUUCGAAGAAGUGUUUUUGUGACUGGCCAAACUGCCGCGGCGAAAUACAUGCAAAAGUCGAAACAGUUUGUGAGUAAGUGGAUGAAUCAUUUUAAGGGGGGGUUGGGUCUAAAUGAUGAAAAAUAUCAUCAUUUUAGCGAUUUUUUUUUCAGAAUUAUCGUUCAACAACACUUGACCGUUGACGACGAUGGCAGCUUCGAAGCGCGAAGCGUACGCGGUACUCUUUUUGGAAAAAUGCUGAGAUCUAAUUGUAAACAAUAGUCAGAUGAUUUAUUCUCAGCAUUGCAUGAAGGACACUAUUGUCCUCUCUGUUAAAAAAAAUCACACCAUUCCACUUUACCGAUCGAGAGUAAUCGUGACCACGCUCUUAUGUAGAAGACUGUAGAGGAAUCCUUGAUAUGGAUUUCUAAUCUGGAUUUCCAAGAUCCUAAUUUUGUGGGAAAAACUUAAUUAAUUAAGUACGCAAUGAAUGAUUAUAGGACUACAACCUAUCAGUUGUCAGUUCCAUGUGGUUGUUUAUACUACGGAUGACAGAAACCGAACUUUUUAAAGCUUUUAAUAUUCAAAAGUCCCAGGUUUUCCAAUAAUUACCUUCCCUAGGUUUAUUGUAACUAUAGAAUGAGCGAUGAUUGAUUACUUACGAACAAAAAUUGCCACAAUGCGUCAUUAUUACGCUCGUAACAGGGAUGAAUUUUGUUUUGUAUUUUUAUGACGUUUUCUCUUGAUAAAACUGAAACUGACCCAGUGUAAUUUCAUCAAACAAACACUUUUCACAAAACUGUGUUGGCUUCGCACUUAGAAACGGAGGUUUGAGCCAAUCUGAUAUAAAAAUGAGGUUCGAAACGUUCAAACAAAUACAAAUAAUAACACCCCUAGGUCCAAUACAAACGUAUCGCUAUUAUUUGGUUCAACUAAUUAUCAAUUUAGCCUAGGCCUUUCUUAUAUCCAUCCUUGACAACUGAACACCUCUGAGCUCUGAGACUGAUUUGCACUAACUUAGAAUCAAAACAAAGGUCUCUUGGUCCAAUACGUUGUUAUUGAGUUUUACCCGGAUCGAACUUCCGGUUCGGGGGUAACAGGGUAAAAUGAGCACAAAAAUAAAGAAAAAGUGCACUCGAUUUUUUCAGAGGCCUCUCAACCGAUUUUCUUCCAUUAGGAUUCAAAUUGAAAGCCUUACAGUUCCAUUGAUGGCUAUUAAAUUUCAUCUCGAUCCGACUUCUUGUUCGGGAGUUACGGAGAAAAUUUACAAAAUGAACCUGCACUUGAUUUUCUCAGAAAUGGCUUGACCGAUUUUCAUAAGCUGGAUUCAUAAGCUCUUAAAACUAUUCAAUUUUUUUUAGAACAUUUCAUCCAGAUUUAACUUUCGGUUUCGAAACUAGAGUACAAUAAGUGGAAAAUGUUCAAUUUUUUUAUAAACGAGGGCAAUCACAAGUACAAAUCCCAUAAAACUGACUGAUAGAUUCGUCUAGUUUGAAGAAUUUAUUAAUUUUUAGGCAUAUACAAUUGAUUCGGCACUAAUAGUUUUCCAUUUCCAGUUCCGGAAGCACCGAAGGAAGUACGAGCUGACACGGAAGAAGAAAACAUAACUCGCCUUUACAAACAAUGCACAAAGCGGGUUUUGUUUGAUUUCGUACACGCUAUAAAGAAAACGAAAACCAACACCUAAGCUGAUUGCUUACUCACUUUCCUCAGAUAAAACGUGACCGAUUUUCACAAACUUAGAUUCAAAUUAAUGGUUUCAUGAUCCCAUACAAAGCUUUCACGAAUUUCGAAUACAACUUUCGGUUUUGAAAUUACAGGGUGAAGAGUAUUAAAAAUUGUACAGCGUCACUUAAAGGGGCGAAACCAAAAACGUGGAAAAGUUCUGGUUGAAAUUCUGCGUUUUCAAAAUGUCGCGUAUUGAAAAGGAAGUGAAAAUUAAGGUUCUGGACACAUGCCUAAGUGAGAAGGGUAUUACUAUGCGAAAAUUGGCGAAGCGGUUUGGAAUUCAUCAUGCCAGUGUUAAAACCAUCAUUAAUAAGUUUGGGGAACACUAUUCUAUGGAUGAGCUACCAGGAAGAAGCAGAAAACCCGGUUCUUCCAACCGGAAACUGGAGCAGAAAGUGGUAUCUCUAAUAAUGAAGAAUAAAUCAAUGUCAAUACGUGAUUUGGGAAAAAAAAGCAGGAACGAGUGUCGGAAUGAUCCAGCGUAUCAAGAGGCGAAAUCACCUGAAGACCUACAAGAAGCAGGAAAUCUCGAAACAAAGUGUAAAACAGAAAAAGCGAGCAGCAACAAGGGCCCAAAAAUUGUAUUCGCGUCUUUUGCAGUGUCCGGAUACAUGCGUUUUGGUGGACGAUGAGACUUAUGUAAAGGAUGUCUCUAAAACCCGUCCAGGUCCACAAUACUUAAUUGUCGUCGUUGGACAGGUCGAUUCAAGUGGAGAAAUUCGGUACUGGUAUGGCAAGCAUUAUGUUCCUGUGGUUUGAAACCAACCAUUUUUUACACUACAUAAACUAUAAAUGCAGAAAUCUAUCGAUCUGAGUGUAUCCAGAAGAGAUUCCUGCCUUUAUAUAAGAAGCAUAGUACACCUCCACUGUUUUGGCCGAUUUAGUGUCAAUGGGCUUGCGGAAAAGGGUAUAAAUAUCGUUGAGAAAAAAAAAACAAUCCACCAAAUUGCCCUCAGCUUCGACCCAUCGAACGUUACUGGGCAAACGUGAAGAGGGUCUUCAAGAAGACUGAUAAGGCUGCUGGGAACAUGCAGGAGUUCAAAAAAAAUUGGGCUCAAGCGUCCAAAAAAUGCGAUGCAACACUUGUCAGGAACUUGAUGAAGAGCGUUCGAUCGAAAGUUCGAAAAUUCGUGAAGGAAUAACUUAAAUUUCCUCCGGUUUUCAUUAUGCUCAAUUAUAACCUCGUUCAAUAUAGGAUCAAAUUUUAGCUUGAAUAAAUUAUUGUUUUUUAUCAUAAUUUGAAAGAAAAAUUUGUGGAUAGCUUAUUUUCGAUACACUCCCUAAUUAACAGAAUCUGUCAUUAGCUUUCAGGCCCAUUUGAAAUGUUAACAUCGGAAUUAUAUGAACCCAUCUUUUUAUGAAUUGCGUCGUUUCAAUAAAUCUACAGAUACGAAAACAA